AUGGCAGAUAAGACUCCAGUUCCAGCCUCAGAGAUUGAGCACGUACAUUCUGAGAUGGAUGUUCCCCCUCAGCUCGAGAAGACCCACGUCGAAGAAGAUUGGACUGCCGAAGAAGAGCGAAAACUAGUGCUCAAGAUUGACCUGCGCAUCCUGCCGUAUCUCUCGGUGAUCUUUGGCUUGUCUCUGCUUGAUCGGAUCAAUGUUUCGGCAGCAUAUAUUGCAGGCAUGAGCACUGAUAUCGAACUUUCUGUCGGUGCUCGGUACUCGAUGAGUCUAUUGUUCUUCUUCAUCACCUAUGUCUUGCUUGAGAUCCCCAGUAAUUUGAUUAUUCGACGAGUCGGCGCCAGAUGGUGGCUGAGCUUCCUGAUCACUGCCUGGGGUAUCUGCGUCAUGUGCAUGGGGUUUAUACAAAGCUGGGUCCCAUUGGUCGUCCUCCGUGUUCUCUUGGGGGCGUUCGAGGCCGGUUUGUUUCCGGGGGCGGUCUUCCUGAUCUCUGCAUGGUACAAGACUUAUGAAACGGCACGAAGAGUGUCAUGGUUUUAUAUGGCCUCGCUGAUGGCUUCGGGGUUCAAUGGUAUUGUGCGUUCAUUCCUAGCAUUCCUGACCCAAGGUUCGUCAUGGCUUACAAACGGUCAGAUUGCAUACGGCCUGUCGUUGAUCAGGUCUGGCAGUGGCACCUAUCGGCAAGGGUGGAGAUUGAUAUUCUUGAUCGAAGGCGCCAUUACAAUAUUUUGCGGCUUGAUAGGUCCCAUCUGUCUCGGAGAAUUUCCGGAACACAGCAAAUGGCUCAACGAGAGGGAGAGGCAUAUCGCCACCGUCCGACUGGCCAACGAGCGCUCGGGCAGAGAUAAGUUCACCCUCCUCGAGUCUACCGUCGUGUGCGAUCUUGGGGUGUUGACAGAGAUCAAGCUGCCUCCAGGCCUACCUGGGCGCGUGCAGUGUUGGACAUCCAAUUCUCCCCCGAAAGACUUUGCUGACACCCAACAAUUUGAAGGUUUCUAUGUUUCCACGCCUUGGUCGGAAGACACCAUUGCUAGACUUGUUGGGCUCAUCAUCGUCCUCUACGCUAAGCCACCCGGGGUGCGCCUCUUUGGGGUUUUCCUGGCUAUAUUUGCCACCAACGCCAAUGUGCCAGGAAAUCUGACUUAUGGACAAGGCCAGACCGCUCUACCACACAAGAAAGGUCUGGUGGCGGCGGCCCAGGUCGGGUUUGGUUCUAUUGGGGGAAUUACCGGCUCAACCAUCUUCAGAUCGCAGGAUGCGCCACAGUACUUCCCUGGGAUGUGGGCGACCAUCAGCUUUCAGAUCCUAUACAUUGUCAUGACGUCUGGCAUGAGCUUGUGGUUGACGAAGAGAAACCGUGACGCGGAUGAAAAGGGGGAGAUCCUCGAAAAGGUGGAAGGAUUUAGAGGACGAACUCAAGUGUCGGUGCGCGUUACAGGGGAUGUGUUGACUCCUCCACCGCUGACCGCGACUCUUCUCCCCUUGCAUUCCGACCUACUGUCCCAGAGCACCGUCAAAACACCGACUGAGAGUGACCGACUGACCACCAUGAUCUCCCUCGUACAAUUUGGGAUUGUUUUAUUCGUCGGCCUGGGGAGUAUCACCUAUGGCUACGGAUCCAGCAUCAUUGCUACCACCACUGGACAACCCACCUUUAUUUCCUACUUUGAGCUUGAUACCAGAUCCAACGCAGAUGAUCUUUUGGGGGCCAUAAACGGUCUCUUCUCCGUGGGAGGCUUGUUUGGCUGCAUCUCGUGCUUCUGGAUUCCCGACAAAUGGGGUCGCAAAAAGGCAAUCAUGUUUGCGUCUUUUACAUCCAUUGUGGGGAAUGGCCUCGCCGCGGGGAGUGUGCACAUUGCCAUGUUUAUCGUUGCCAGACUCAUCACCGGCUUCUCCGUGGGAGCCCUGGUGAGUCUUGUUCCACUGUACCAGAGCGAGAUCUCCCCACCAAAGAUCCGCGGUCUGCUUGUGGGCAUGCACGGUACAGGCAUCGCCACCGGCUACGUUGCUGCUAGCUGGAUCGGCCUGGGUUUCUACUUUGUCAAAGCAAGUGGCACUCAAUGGAGAAUGCCCCUGGCAAUCGGGGCGUUGUGGCCGCUCCUGCUUGCUGGUGGUGUGCUGUUGAUCCCAGAGUCUCCACGUUGGUUGUUGACCAAGGACCGUCCCGAGGAUGCUCUCAAGGCGUUCAAGGCAUGCCGCACCGAGUCCGGGCCUCACAAUGACGAGCACGCUAUUACCGAGGAGUUCCAUCUGUUGCAUUCUCAGGUCAUCGAGGAGUUGAAGGACCAUGUGCCAUUAAAGGAGUUCUUCACCAGGCCAGCCCUCCGCAAGAGGUCCUGGAUCGGCUGGUUGACCAUGGUGGCGGGUCAAUGUACCGGAACCAUUGUCAUCAACAACUACGGACCUUUUCUCUACAGAAAUCUCGGCUUCUCCGUCGUCAACCAGCUUCUAAUCCAGUGUGGUUGGAUUACCGUGUGCCUUCUCGGCAACGCCUUCAACGCUGCAGUCAUUGAUUACUUUGGAAGAGUUCGAAUGCUGGUUUUUGGGCUCGCUGGAGAUGUGAUUGCCCUCGCUGGCGAGUGUGCUACCGUUGCUGUCUAUCAACGAACGGGCUCAACCGCAGCCGCCAAAGCAGCCGUGUUCUUCCUCUUCCUCCAUAUUGGAUUCUACGGCUGGACGAUUGACGCCAGCACGUACAUCUAUGCCACCGAGAUCUUCCCCAACCCUCUACGGGCGCGCGGUAUCGGAAUUUCUUGUGCCGGUCUCUUCAUGGCUAUUAUUGUCUUCACCAGUGCCGCACCCACCGCAUUCAACACUAUUGGAUGGAAAUACUAUCUCGUCUUCACCAUUCUCACCGCCAUCAACACCGUUGUCAUUUUCCUCUUCUUCCCCGAGACAAAGGGUUUGGCUCUCGAGGAUGUUGCCGAAAUUUUCGGCGACGGUAUCGUCCUCACAGACACCCGCGAAGAACAGAUUCAUCAGCGCUUCAAGCAAUCUCACUAUCGUGCUGAAGUCCUCGACGAGGUGACCCGCGACGAGCCGGUCCAAUUGGACAUGAAAGAAGGCUCAACAAAGGUCGAACAUAUACCAUGA